AUGGACCAAAUCGGCUGGAAAGUUCUCAAAUUUGUUGUCAUCAGCAAGAUUAUCGAAAUCAUGGCGGACGAAUUCAGCAAGCUUCUGGACGCUGCCACCAACAGCCUCAUAAGACUUGCAUUCAAGCAAUGGCCAAUUCUCAAGCAUCUUUCCCCGCCCGAUGAGUCUCGAACCCGAUCACGAAAUGGGCGUCAUUCGAAACCCGAUGACUGGAAGGUUUGUUGGAGGACCGGCACCCAUUGGCCGGAGCUCCUUCUUGAUCAGUAUUGA